UAUAAUAUUAAAAAUAAAUAAAAAACUUUUACACACGAAAAUUCCUAAAGCAACAGUGAGCAACAGUAAACAUAACCUAUUUCAGAAGCAAUUAUCUUCUUGCAACCUUAUAAAAAUAUUAUAAGUACACUUCGAAAUAAAAUAAUGGUUUGCGAAGAUACUUUGCGUAUAAAACACCUUCCGCCGGAAUUAUCUCAUUCGGAAAAAGAAGAUUUGUUAAGACAUUUUGGUGCGCAAAAGGUAAAAAUAGUAACAACGACAGCAAAGCACAAAUCAGUAGCCUUCGCACAAUUUGAAUCCAAAGAAAUAGCAAAAUCUGUUUUAAUUCGUUUACAUCAGAUAAAAAUAUUUAAUUCAAGAUUAUGUGUCGAAUUUGCUGAAAAUGAUAUUGGCCCAAGUAAACCACGAUUGAAAAACGUAAGUGAAAAUAAAAAUGAGAAAACGAACUUUAAGAACUUUGUUAAUAAACUGAACUCCUUUAAUAGUUUCGUUUCGUUUAAUCAACCUCCUCCUAGUCAUUUACGCUAUGCUUAUCCGAAACCUAAUCGUGCAACAAUAAACAAUAUUGCACACGCUUUGGCAUCUGUUCCAAAAUUUUAUACUCAAGUCUUACAUUUGAUGAAUCGUAUGAAUUUACCGCCCCCUUUUUCCGAUAUUCCCGAUCCUCCGCAUGCAUCGUUAAGACAACCAAUACAGACGAAACCACCUCCACCACCUUUACCACCAAAACAUGAAUCUUCUUCCGAAUCUGAGUUAGAAAGUGACCCAGAAAACAAUACGAUUAAAGAAAUAAUACCAGAAAAAAGAACGCUACCGCAAAAGAAGCAAGUCAAACGACCCAAAUUUAUCAAACCUAAUCCACCAAACAUUUCUCAAAAACAAAGUGAAAAAGUUGAAGAUAUUUUUGAGAAAACACAACUUCAUCAAAGAAAAAUAGAACUCAAAGUUUCCACAAUUAAUUUAGAAGAUAUUCGAAAAGAACAAUCUACAGAUACGAUCGACACCAACUCCAAUAAUGACCAAGCAGCAAAUGUAUCAGAGAACCGCGAAAACGACGUUAUAACUGAAGAAGAACUCUCAUCAAAUCAAAUCCCUUUGAAAGAUUUGAAUGUAUUUCCUGUUUUUAAAGAUUACCACCCAGGAGCUGCAACAAAUCGACUUUACAUUAAAAAUAUCGCAAAAUCUGUUGAAACCAAAGACCUUGAAUAUAUUUAUAAAAGAUAUGUUGACUACGAAAAUAAUGAAUCUAAUAAAGAAAUUAAUAUUCGUUUGAUGCAAGAAGGAAGAAUGAAAGGUCAAGCUUUUGUUACUUUAGGAAGUGUUCAAUUAGCUCAACUAGCUGUUAAAGAAACUAAUGGAUUUCUACUAAAAGAUAAACCUUUAGUUGUUGUAUUUGCUAAAAGUGUUACUCAAAAAAAAUGACGAUUUUAAUAAAUAUAUUGAUGUGUGAAUU